AUGGAGGCGGAGGCUGAAAUGAUUUGCCCUAAAAUUCAUAGAUUUGCCCUAAUGAUAUAUGAUUGCAUUGGCUCUGAGUUCAACAUUAAAGGGGCAAUGCAGUGUCCAAACUGUCGAGUAACUGAAAACGGCGAAUGGCGAUUUGCUACCGGAGGUUCUGAUUCAAACAUUGAUUAUACAGAUGAGGAUGAGCCUUAUCCAGUACCUGACAUGAAUCCGCCUGCAACAGAUUGGUACCCCUUCAAUGGAUUCUCAGAAGCUCCUCCACGUCCUGGGGGAGGGAUCAUUGUCCGAACUGCAAAUGAGAUAAGUGAAGAUGUUUUAAAUAUUUUUGGUGGUGCUUCCAAUCCUCUUGUGUAUCCUUGGAAUGUCCCCCAAGGGUAUCAAAUGCCGGCCUCUUCCAUGAAUGUCAUUCAACAUCACCACCAGAGUUGGACUCGACAAGUAGCAGCCCCAUUCCCUUCAAUGGGUUACAAUAUACCUGCUGCCGAUCAGCCCUUCAAUUCUCCUCCAAUUUUCGAGUUUUCAGGGACAUUUUCUUACAGGGCACCAAGUCCGGGGUCCUCUGCACCAGCCGCCAUACACAAUCCUUGGUCUACUCCUGCUGGAGCUUGGGGUUCUGUUGGCACUUCUUCCGGUUUACCUUAUCCGGGCAGCAAUGGUCCACCUUUAACUAGGCCUCGGAUUCCUAGUCAGCAACUCCAAUCAAACUCACCGUCGCCAGCGGUACUUGCUUCCAUGUUAAGGCGGAGAAGGAAUUCCGACAACCAGGGUUUAUGA